AUGAUAAUUAUAUUUGCCUUAUUGUUAGCAAUUAUUUAAUCACAUCCUGUGAGCUAAAUUAGAUCACAUUCUUUGAGAUUCCAUCCAAAUUAAAAUAUCGUUAAAGAAUUGCAAUUAUACAUUGAAAUCAAUUAAAUAAAGGCUGCUUCAAUAUCAACUUGUGUUGGAGUAUUAUUUAAAUAUUAAUUAUAAGUCUUUGUUGAAAUGCUCAAUCAGAUUUGCAAAUCAACCUGAAUUUAAGGAAAUUAAUGGCCAUUUUGAAAUUGUUUCAUUAGUUGGUACAAUUAGCGUUUAUGGUUAACAUGUUCAUAUUAGUUUAUCAGACUCAGAAGGAAAAAUGAUUGGAGGACAUUUACCAUUUUAUGAUAAUGAAUGCAUCAUAUAUACAACAGCUGAAAUUGUUUUACUUGAACACUUAGAAACUAUCUAUGCAAGAAAACUAGAUCCGACUUAUGGAUAUCAAGAACUAUAUAUAAUUUGAAAUUUUUAUUUUUUUAAAACAAAUCCA